AUGCCUUUUGGUGGGUUAGCAGGUUUGAAGGAACAGGUGCUUAAGCCUGGGAAGGAGGAAGUGAAGAACACAGUGGGGGACUCUCUAGGAAAACUGCAAAGGAAAAUCGAUGGUAGCAAUGUAGAAGAAGAGGACAACAUUGAACUGACGGAGGAUGGGCGUCCCGUGGCAUCAGCACCACUUCCUGCCCCACUGCUGGACUGUAGCUGUGGCGGUCUGCCCAAGCGGUACAUCAUCGCCAUCCUCAGCGGCCUUGGCUUCUGCAUCUCCUUCGGCAUCCGUUGCAACCUCGGUGUGGCCAUUGUGGAGAUGGUUAACAACAACACUGUCUAUAUCAAUGGGACACCUGUGCUUCAGAGAGCUCAGUUUAACUGGGAUCCAGAGACAGUGGGGCUGAUUCACGGCUCCUUCUUCUGGGGCUACACACACAGUAUGUUGACAUUUCAGUAUUUCUGCAGGGUGUUUGGGGCUGCUAUUUUCCUGACGUCAGUGCUCAAUAUGUUCAUCCCAUCAGCAGCGAGGGUGCACUACGGUUGUGUCAUGUUUGUUCGCAUCCUGCAGGGCUUAGUGGAGGGUGUCACCUACCCAGCAUGCCAUGGGAUGUGGUCCAAAUGGGCGCCACCUCUUGAGAGGAGUCGACUGGCCACAACGUCAUUCUGUGGAUCCUAUGCAGGAGCAGUGAUCGCCAUGCCUUUAGCUGGAGUGCUUGUUCAGUAUGUCGGAUGGCCUUCAGUCUUCUAUAUCUAUGGUGUUUUGGGGAUCCUAUGGUAUGUCAUGUGGCUCCUGCUGGCAUAUGGAAGUCCUGCUGAACAUCCCACGAUCACCGAGGAGGAGAGGAUAUACAUCGAGACCACCAUCGGUGAAACAAUGAAGCAAUUGAGUGCGACUGAGAAAUUCAAGACUCCGUGGCGUCGUUUCUUUACCUCCAUGCCCGUAUACGCCAUUAUCGUGGCCAACUUCUGCCGUAGCUGGACCUUCUACCUGCUCCUCAUCAGCCAGCCAGCGUAUUUUGAGGAAGUCUUUGGCUUCCCCAUCAGCAAGGUGGGCCUCCUGUCUGCUGUCCCCCACAUGGUGAUGACAAUUGUAGUACCUAUUGGAGGACAGCUGGCGGACUUCUUACGCAGUAACAAGAUCAUGUCUACCACCAAUGUGAGGAAACUCAUGAACUGUGGAGGAUUUGGUAUGGAGGCUACUCUGCUGUUGGUGGUUGGGUUUUCUCACACUCGAGGGGUCGCCAUCUCCUUCUUAGUUCUGGCUGUGGGGUUCAGUGGAUUCGCCAUCUCAGGUUUUAAUGUCAAUCAUUUGGAUAUUGCUCCUCGCUAUGCCAGCAUCCUGAUGGGCAUUUCUAACGGGGUGGGAACGCUAUCUGGAAUGGUGUGUCCUUUGAUUGUCGGAGCCUUGACUAAACACAAGACUCGCCUGGAGUGGCAGAAUGUCUUUGUUAUUGCGUCCAUGGUGCAUUACUCAGGGGUCAUCUUCUACGCUAUCUUUGCUUCGGGAGAUCAGCAGGAAUGGGCCAACCCUGAAAGCACCAGCGAGGAUAAAUGUGGCAUUCUUGAUGAGGACGAGCUGGCUGAAGAGUCUGAGCUCAACAGCGAGACCAUGAUUGCUCCCAAAAAGAGUUACGGAACCACAGACAAUUCAUCUGGUCGAAAACAGGGCUGGAAAAAGAAGAAAGGGGUGACCAUGCAAGAGGAGGAGGAACAUUAUGGGAAUGGCGACCACCAAGACAGGUACCAGUGA